GUUCAACGGCAUAGGAUGCGGAAGGGAAGGGUAAUCCACCGCUUUAAAGAUCCUCAGGAUUUCCCAAGUAUCAGCUGCAAUCCUAGGAUUGAUUACAACAGAAGAAGAAGAAGAUGAUGAUCUUGCAAUCAGAGGAAAUCAAGGAAAUUUAUGAUGACAGAGAUUGGCUACACUGCUAAAAUGGUCUAUGUUGUGCGAUUAUCUGUUGAAGUGCGGUGACUUAAAAUUAAAUUAUAAAUAUUGUUUUGAUAUGUAUUCGAUUGAAUAACAGGCUCAUACGUAAUUAUCAAGUUCUGUAAAAUGUUCCAAAUAAUCAGGAAUUUUGUACGCGUUGGAAGAAUAAGCUUAGACGUACUUAACCUUAAAGAAACAAGACGCAAUGCUGGACACAGUAAAUGGGCUAAUAUAAAACAUGUUAAAGCAGCAAAAGACAGCCAGAAGUCGUUGAUAUUCCAGAAAAUGGGUCGGCUUAUUCGCCUAGCAGUACAAGAAGGUGGAAGCUCUGACCCUAACUUUAAUUCUCAGUUAUCAAGUACAAUUCUACAAGCAAGAAAAUAUAACAUGCCAUUUGCUUCAAUACAGAAUGCAAUCAAACAAGGCAAGGACACAAAAUGUAAUGCAAAAGUAUGCCACUUUGAAAUCCGUGGUCCUGGUGGUUGUACUAUCAUAGUGUCUACUUUAACUGACAAUCUUAGUAGAGUAAGAGCUGGACUCAACACAGCUGUAAAAAAGUGCAAUUCUUCAUUUACAGAUGGUGCAGUUCCAGGACUAUUUGAGCAUAAAGGAAUGGUUGAGGCCAUACCACCUGAAAAGACAUCAUUGGAGACAGCUGUAGAUCAUGCUAUUGAAGUUGGUGCAGAAGAUGUAACUGAACUGGAAGCUUCAGAAGAUGAUGUGUUGCAAUUUGUUUGUGAACCACUAGUUCUGAAUAAAGUGAAGGGAAAGCUGGAGAAGUUGCAGUACAAGAUCAAGACAGCUGACUGUGAAUUCAUCCCAAAGAGACAAGUCACCCUGAGUGAUGCUGACCUUGAAGUUGUCAAGAAACUGUAUGAUAAACUGGAGGAUGACCCAGAUGUUGUGAGAUUAUAUGAUAACAUUGCGUAGUACAUCAUGUGACUAGUUUCAGAAGGGGCGUCGUUACUGAAUUUGGAGACCUAUAGCAAACAAAUUUAUAUUCAUAAGGCAUAUAUUCCAUCA